UUUGUGUCACCCCUGUGCCCUGUGCCACACCGCCACACGCACAGGAUUACUGCUCCCGCUAUCCUGUUGGGCAUGACGUCAUCCUCGUAUGCCCGUGUUGGAGUUCCCGGUAACUUUGCAGCAGUUUGUUAUUGCUGCUGCAUGCACGUGUCUUUCGAGGUGCCAUCUACCCCAUCUAUCUUAGAAUAGUCACUGCAACCAGAAGGGAAAACCAGGUGCAACCAGAGAAACGGGAAAGUUUGUCCCCAUGAUUCGUUCAGUCUGUGUUCAUUCACGAACAACACAUCACUAAGCCGCUCGGUCGUUGCCCCAUCCCAGCAAGUAACGCGCAGCUGCCUGACACGCCUUUUAAAAUCAGUCGAAUACGUGUUUGCGAUGGCACAGGUGGGCUUAACUGAGAAUGAUCCAAAUUCCUACGCGAGGCCCGACUUAUGUGCAGUUGACCACGUCCACCUCGAAGUUGAAGUCGAUUUCAACAGAAAAGUGCUCGCCGGUUUUGUGGACCUUACUUUCACCAGGAAGUUGUCAGAGGCCAAGUCACUGGUACUAGACACUCAAAACCUGUCUAUUAACGAAGUGACUCACGUCAGCUCAUCAAAGAAACUUCCUUACGACUCAUCGAUCAACGAUAAGAUUUUCGGGACCAAACUAGAAAUUACUUUACCGGACACGGAAGUUGGCAAGUCAGAUGUUGUACGUGUUCACUACGAAACAUCUCCAGAGUCUAGUGCCCUGCAAUGGCUAAGUCCAGAGCAAACAGCAGGAGGCAAGCAUCCUUACCUAUAUAAUCAUUGUGAGCCUAUUCAUGCCCGUGCUUUGCUACCAUGCCAGGAUACACCGAGUGUGAAGGCACCAUACAGUGCAUCCAUUCGAGCUCCACAGGAGCUCACCGUCCUAAUGAGUGCUAUCAGGGAAGAAGCAAAGGACUCUGGUGAUGGAAGGACAAAAGUGACACACUUCAACCAAAAAAUACCAAUCCCAAUUUACCUAAUUGCCCUUGUGGUAGGUGACUUGGAAAAAAGGCAGCUGGGGCCGAGAAGUCACGUGUGGGCUGAGAAGGAGUACGUUGACCUCGCUACCAUUGACUUCGCUGACACAGAAAAAAUGCUUCAGGUGGCUGAGGAUUUAGCGGGCCCUUACGUCUGGGGUAUUUAUGACCUGUUGGUGCUGCCCCCUUCAUUUCCAUACGGGGGCAUGGAAAACCCCUGCGUGACGUUUGUCACGCCUACGCUUCUUGCGGGUGACAAAUCCUUAGCCAGUGUGAUUGCACACGAGAUUUCACAUAGCUGGACUGGAAAUCUGGUCACCAAUAGCACAUUUGAACAUUUCUGGUUGAAUGAAGGCUUCACCAUGUUCUUGGAGCGUAAAAUUCUAGCCAGGCUGUGUGGGAAGGAACAUCGAGAAUUUGCGGCCAGUGGUGGCAUGAAGGAUCUGCGUUACACUGUGGACACAAUGGGAGCAGACAAUCCACUCACAAGUUUAGUUCCUUGUCUGAAAGGAGUUCACCCAGAUGAUGCAUUCUCUACAGUGCCCUAUGAGAAAGGACACACUUUUCUCUACUACUUGGAGCAGAAGCUUGGUGGGCCAGAAUUAUUUGACCCAUUCUUGAAGUCUUACGUGGAACACUUCAAGCACCAGUCCAUCAACACCAACCAGUGGAAGGACUACCUCUUUGAAUACUUUCAUGACAAGGUGGAUGUCCUGAAAGAGGUUGACUGGGAUACAUGGUUGUAUGCACCAGGCCUACCCCCCGUUAUACCAGAGUAUCGCAGCAAACUCGCAGAGCCAUGUGAGGUUUUGUGUAAGAAAUGGGCUGACGAAACUGCAGAUAUUUCAACGUGUGCGUGUUCUGACAUAGAAAACUUCUGUCCGGUACAGCUACAAGAGUUUCUAGCCUUGCUCCUUGAGAAGAAGCCGCUGAGCAGUGAAAGAUUCCUCCAACUGACAAAGCUAUAUAACCUUGAACAGAUGAACAAUUCUGAAAUCAGAUUUUGUUGGCUGCGACUGGGUCUCCUAGCAAAAUGUGAAGACGUGAUUCCCCACGUCAUCAAGUUCCUCGAAAAAAUAGGCAGGAUGAAGUUUGUGGUGCCUCUGUUCAGAGAUCUAUACAACUGGGAAGAAAAGCGGGCAACAGCUAUAAACCUCUUUGAAAGAUUGCAACCCCGAAUGAUGCACGUCUUGAAAUACACGAUCAGCAAAGAUCUCCACGUAGAAUUAACAUAGACUGAGGCAUUACAUUUUCAUUUUUAUACCACAAUAAAAAGAAUUGCAACAUAAUGAACAAAGCCACACAA